AGUGUAAUCAAAAUCGUUUUUAAUUACUUUAUCCAUAAAUGUUGUGGAAAUUUUGCUUGAAGUCAUUAAUAUCUAUGAUGUUGUGGCAAUUCAAAAUGUUUUGGCAUCAUAAACUUAUUUUUGAUUCUAAAAAUACUUUGGCUCUGUGAUCUGUUUCGUUCAUUAAAUUGAGUUUUGUUAAUUAAAUUAGUGUUAAACAAACACCUACUUAUCAAUUUAAGAAAACUUGAUUAAAUAAUGAGUCAGCAUAAGUUUUGGAAAGGAGUGACUCCCCUAAACGUGCCGACGUCUCAACAAGUACCUGAUAAAGUUGUUAAAUUGUGCUCAUUAGAUACAAAUUUUAUUGUGUUAGGAAACGACCAUGGCAUCUAUUAUUGCGAAAAUGCAGACGAUUCUUUGAAUUUUAAAAGGGUGAGCGGUAUUUCAGCACUGGACAUAUCAUAUCAUAAUGGCAUACUAUAUAUCAUAGACACGCACGGGCGCCUAUUUAAAACAAAUUGUAGCUUUAAAAAUAAAGAAGAAAUUGUAGUAAAGGAAGACUCUAAAUGCUGCCCCCACGGGUUCAGGAGCUCAAGUUACAAAGUCAAAUUUCGGACUGUUGUAGCUAAUGAUUUUGGUCAACUAUUUAUUAGUAGUGAUGGGCAGUUAUGGGGCUCUGGAGCUAUGCCCCAAAUAUCACUAGAUUCUAAUAGUAUUAAGAAGAUACCGUUCUUUGAAGGAAGAACUGUAUACAGUGCCUCCAUUGGUCAAAACUUUGCUGCUGUGAUAGCAAGGAAAAAUGUUAAACAGUCUGAUAACUGCGAUACAGACAGUGAAAAUGAUGAAGAAGAAGUGUUCGCAACUAAUUGUUCACAGUGCCAGACUAUCAUAGGCCUUGCAUCUCCUGCAUCUGUGCCGUCCUUUUCUGAAACCUGUCCAUUAGGUGUUCAUAUAAGUAAAUCAAGUGAAGACUCAAGUAGUACUACUGCUCCACCUACAGAUUUUCAUAUUGAUGCUUACAGUUAUACUGAAGAUUCUAGUCCCUCUUCGGAGGAAUCAAAAAUAGCACAAAACAUUAUACAAACUACUGAAACAUUAACUGAAAGAAAAUGUGAUACAUUAAUUAAUACAGAAAAUGGUGAUGGCUCAGAUAAAGAUAGUGAUACAACUGAAGCCGAUGCAGAAAAGAUUAAUAAUAUAUUCAUGAAUGCUGAUGCGGCUAGACAGUUUUUAAGUCGACAAUUAUCAUGGGUGUCAGCUGGUGAAGAUUAUUUAGUGGAAUAUACAGAAAAACCUACAAGAAUCAUAAAAGAGAAUGUUUCAAAUCUCACUAAUUUUGUCUAUGAAGGUGUUAAAACUGUAGGUGAUAAAGUUGCAACACUUUCGAGGCAUGUCAGUGGUAGUAGCGAAAACAAUGAGACAGUAGAACAACUAUCAAGAAAUCAGAACGAAGAAACCAAGUCCCUCAUGUACAGCUGCACUUCAAACUGUAAUGUAGAUGAUCUGCAGUUUUCCACCAGCACUAUUAGUAGUGAAAAAGAGUUUGAAGAAGCCAGAAAAAAAGAGACUAUUAAGAACAUGUCUAAACUAGGAAGGAAUAUUUUAGCUACAGAAUUAUGGACUUGGGGUGACAUAAGUUAUGGACAGUUAGGAAUUGGUGACACAGUCAAAAGGGUUAAACCAAUGAUUGUCAUGAGUUUAUCGGGGUUUGGGCUACAAAAAGUUUCUUGUGGGAGUUUGCAUUGUUCUACUCUCACGCUCGAUGGACGAAUGUUUGCUUGGGGAUACAAUCAUUACCAUCAAUUAAGCUUCGGUUCAAGAGAAGAUAAAAGUGGACCACAACAAUUUACAGAAAACUCAGAGAGCGAUAGAAUUAGGGAUGUCAUUGCUGCUGAUCAUCAUACUCUAGUCUACACGCACAAUGAGAAUAUAUUAUACAUGGGCAAACACACAGAUGGUUUCACAGAAUCCGUUGUGAAUUUAAAUCCUAGUUUGUUAGAGGAAGAUAGUGAGAAAUCUCCAAGCAUGGUGACUAUAAAAAUUACAGAGCCACAACACCAUACAAGUAAACCCCAAAAUCUGUGCUAUCACUGGAGAAUCUUAUCUUCAGGUAAUAUUAGUUAUUGCUCAGUAGAAAACUCAAAGAAAAAUCCACAGUUCCAAGACUUAUCUAUUGCUCAAAGAUAUCUAGAAGAAAUGUUACUGAUUUAUCAAAAUCUUAUUAAGGUUUUUUUGAAGAAAAGUAAAGCAAUUACUGCACAUUCCAAUGUUUAUGAAACAGUAUGUGAUAUUUUUGGUGACAUAUUGAAUGUUACAGCUUUAAACGUAUUAUCAGUGUGGCAGUAUGCAGAAAAACAUAUAAAUGAAUGUGAUAUAUCAUUGAUUAAAAAUUUUGAAGAGUUUAUUUUUUUGUAUAGAAAGUAUUAUGUAGCUGUAAGCAAUUUAAUUGUUAUUGGUGGUUUCACCCAAAUCAAUAGUGUUAUUGAUGUCCCAACGAGUAUUUAUAAUUUAUUUAGUGAUCAACUUCCUUCGAACAAACAGAAAAAUAGUAAAAAGACAUCAGAAGCCAUAAUAGGUCUUGCCUUUGUGCAACCAUUAACAAGAUUAAGUUCAUACAAAUGUAUAGCUCAAUCUAUAUUGAGACAUAAAACCAAGAGAAAAAAAGGCGAAAUUGUAUUAAAGAUUGAAGAAAGAUUAAAUAAAGUUGUUUCAUCAUUUGAUUCAUUAAUAGAAGAGCAAGAAAAAAAACGUAAAGAAGCGGAAGUUACGAAACUAUUUUGGGAAACAGUUGGUAAAAGUUUGGAGCAAUAUAGAGCUUCAGAACGACGAUUAAUAAGAGAAUCAAAAUCUCGACCUCUAAAUCUAGUCAAUCCUGGAAGAUUUUCAUCACAUUGGUUCAUUUUAUUUAAUGACAUAUUUGUUCAUGUUAGUGGUAGCUCACCUAGUGUGCACCCCCUUCAAACCCUGUGGGUCGAGUCUGUCAUACAUUCUGAUCCAUCACAAUACAUAAUCCAACUUACUACUCCAGAAGAAGUUAUAUCAGUGUCAACAGUUACAGAGCAAGAGAAAACUGAAUGGAUACAAGCUCUGAAUAAUUCCAUACGAAUAAUUUUGAACAAAGAAUCCGUAUUUAAACUACCCUCAAUAAGAUCAGCAAGUUAUACAUUCUCAAGUAAAAGCACAUUUUUUAAAGAUUCGAAAUACAUUGGUAGAUGGUUAGAUGGUAAAGUACAUGGAAACGGUAAAGUAGAAUGGUCAGAUGGCAAGCAGUACAUUGGACAAUUUCAACUAAAUACUCUAUGUGGCCAUGGAAAAAUGGAAAUACCUGGUGUAGGGAUUUAUGAAGGUCAGUGGAAAGAUAACUUACAGAAUGGCUACGGUAAAAUGAAGUAUUGCUCGGGUGACAUAUAUGAGGGAUAUUUUAAAGACGGUCAGCCUCAUGGACAUGGUAUUAAAAAGCAAGGAGAUUUCACAUCUUCAUCUGCAACUAUUUACACUGGAGAAUGGGUUAACGGGGCAAGACAAGGCUACGGUGUCAUGGACGACAUUGGAAAAGGAGAAAAAUAUUUAGGAAAUUGGAGUGACAACAAGAAACACGGAUGUGGGUUGAUCGUGACUUUGGAUGGAAUAUAUUACGAAGGUUUAUUUACGCAAGAUGUGUUGACGGGUCACGGGGUUAUGGUGUUUGAAGACGGUACACAUUACGAAGGCGAAUUCAGAUCUGCUGGUGUAUUUUCUGGUAAAGGAGUUCUCACAUUUUCUAGUGGGGAUAAGAUAGAAGGUUCAUUGAGCGGGGCUUGGACUGAGGGAGUUAAAAUAUCGAAUGCCACCAUGCAUAUGAACGUAUCGAAUCCUGUGUUGCCAGCUAAUCCCAAACCUAAUUCGUUCGGAAAAUUAAGCGUAGCACCAAACCAGAAAUGGAACGCUCUAUUCCGCCAGUGCUUCCAAUGCUUGGGUAUAUCAGACGCGGUGCUAACACCCACCGGUAAUCAUUUUGCCCACGGGCCAUCGGGUCCAACGGUGGACAACGUGAAGAUAUGGCAAAACGUUGCAGUAGCGAUAUCCUCUUCCCAUAAAGAGGGAAUGAAAACGAGCCUUAAAAGGAAUAAAAGCACUGAUCUUGAAAAGUCUGUGGAUUGUUUGGAAGUCAUACCAAAGUUUGGACAAGAUACUUUGAAUUUAGACGAAUAUACGGAAUUGAAGCAGUAUUUGUACAAUGCUUGCGAGUCCUCUCACCAUCCGCUGGGGCAGCUGGUUCUGGGCUUGACGAACGCAUUCAACACGACGUACGGAGGCGUCCGUGUACAUCCGCUACUGCUCAGUCACGCGGUCAAAGAACUCAAAAGUAUAACCGCGAGGCUCUACCAAGUGGUCAGGCUGCUGUUCCCAGCCUUACCCUCAGAGAAUGCCGAUCUAGUCUUGCCGUAUAAAAACCAGGAGAACGAUGAUGAAGUUGAAAACGAUAGCAAUCCUAUUCACGGUGAAGUGGUAUCGGCAGCUGCCUUGCUCCAGCCGACGUUGCUGCCUCGUGUGCACCCAGCUCUCUUCGUGCUGUAUGCGUUACACAACAAGAGAGAAGACGACAUGUACUGGAGGAGACUGCUGAAAUGGAACAAACAGCCGGAUAUCACUCUGAUGGCCUUCCUCGGGAUCGAUCAGAAAUUCUGGGUGAGUUACUCGUCGCAAAACAAUCAGUCACCUCCUUACUCUCCGAUGAAGGAUCAACACUUUCAAGAGGCAGUAGAAACGCUUCAGCAAUUGAAGACCACUUUCUCGCCGAUCGAGAAACUCCUCGUCAUAAGGAAUACCUUUCAGAAGAUGACCAGCGCCGUCCAACAAGAAUUAGGUCAAAACUACCUAUGGACCAUGGACGAGCUGUUCCCGGUCUUCCACUUCGUGGUGGUCCGCUCCAGGAUCUUGCAGCUCGGCUCCGAAAUACAUUUCGUUGAGGACUUCCUCGAGCCGGGCAUGCAGCACGGUGAACUCGGCCUUAUGUUCACCACCUUAAAGGCCUGCUACUUCCAGAUACUUCAAGAGAAGAUGUCGAUGAAUUAG